GUUCCUCUAUAUUUUUGGUGGCUUCGAUGGCCAGCAGUGCUUCGACGACCUCUACCAGCUGGACCUGCACAGCCUGGCCUGGUCCAAGGUCGAGGGUCAUGGCGACAAGCCCAGCGGACGGGCCUCCCACACUGCCGCCUCAGAUGAACUGGCGGGGUCCAUGUUUGUCUUUGGUGGUAGCGGCUCCCACUUUGGGUACACCAACAAGUGUGACCUGUACGAGUUCGCCUAUGAUACGAGCACAUGGUCAUUACUCUGCGAAGUUGGUAUAUCGACGGUCGCUUCCUCCCUGCGGCCCACCUCUGCCACCGAUGGAGGCCGUCUGUACAUAUGGGGAGGAACCCAUGGCACCAACUACCCGACCGACAUGCAUAGAUUUGACCUCAUAUCCAAACG